ACAAUUAUUCUGAUCAUCUCCGUUUUCGGCAACGGCUGCAUCUGUUACUUGAUCCUCAGAGACCCUAGACUAAAACGUGCGUCUUAUAUCUAUAUUUUCAAUUUGGCCAUUACGGAUUUUGGGCUGUCGGUGACCAGCGUUCCGAUCUCCAUUGCGGUAUCAUACCAUGAUAAGUUUGUAUUCAGUUAUAUUAUCUGUGAAUUUAAUGGUCUGAUUAUGCUGAUUUUUGGAAUUGCCUCGCUGAUAAAUUUAGCUGUUAUAGCUGUCACACGUUACGUCUGCGUCUGUCACUCCACAUUCGCUAAAACGUAUUUGAAUAAAACGUUUUAUAUAGGUUCCGUGAUCAGUAUUUGGGUAGCAUCUCUCCUGAUUGCCUUUCCACCUGCUGUAGGCUGGGGUCACAUCGAAUUUGUGUACGGAUAUACAGCUUGUACCCACUACUGGCCAUCCAGUCUAUCAUAUACCCUGUUUCUGAUAACUUCGGCUGUGUUCAUCCCCUUUGGAAUCAUCAUCAUCAGCUAUGGCUUGUUGUUUUGGUGCGUCAGGAAAAGCAAUCUAAGAGUACGGGACCACAUGGAACAGAGUGCU